GGCUGGCUGUGUAUAUGAAGGAUUGUGUUAUUACUGUAAUGAUAUUAGUUACUAUAUAAACAGUCAGUAUGUUGUUGGUUUUAUCUGAUGAGCAUAAGGAACACUUGGGAUUUUUAUCUGAAGUGGAUUCAGCGGUUGUUGGCGAAUUUGGCAGAAUUGCAGUGGAGUUUCUGAAGAAAGGUUCAAACCCAAAAAUCUACGAAGGAGCAGCAAGAAAGCUGAGUGUCCCAGCAGAGACUGUGCAGCAUGGGGUGGAAGGACUGAUGUAUCUUCUUACUGAAAGUUCAAAGCUCAUGAUCUCUGAAGUGGAUUUUCAGGAUUCUGUGUUAGUUCUGGGUUUUUCAGAGGAGCUCAAUAAACUCCUGCUGCAGCUGUAUGUGGAACACAGAAAGGAGAUUCGUCAGAUUCUGAGUGAGCUCGCACCCUCCCUGCCCCAUUAUCACAACCUGGAGUGGAGACUAGAUGUACAGCUGGCUAGCCGGACUCUCAGACAGCAGGUGAAACCUACAAUCAGUCUGAAGCUGCAUCUGGAAAACGGAGAUACACAAAGCGCCCGGGUUUUGCAGACGGACCCUGCCACACUAAUGCACCUGAUUCAGGAGCUGGAACGAGCACUGGCUGAGGUCAAGAGCAACCACUGUCGUCGAAUCCUGCGCAACAUUAAAUAAGAUCAUGUAAACCAGUGGUUCUUAACCUUCAGCAACUGGACCUUAACAGUGGCUUAAAGCAAAGAGAGUAACAGUACAAAUAUGGUUGAAGAAGAAAUGGCAAUGCAGGUUGUAAACUGAACCACUUGUGCUAAGGGAUUAAACAAAGUGGCCACUAGAUGGUGGAAAUAGUUACGGCAGUGUUUCCCCUGUCCCAGUACCUGUAGUACACUUUAUGGCCAAAAGUAUUUGGACACCUGAUCAUGAGUUUAGCUUGUGGAACAAAAGCAACAGGAAAGUGUGGCUAAAACACAUACUUUGCGGCUAUAACAGCCUCCACUCUUCUGGAAAGGCUUUUAACAAGACUUGGCAAUGCUUAGCUACAAUCAGUGUUUCAUUUCAAAGUGUUUGGGGCCAGGCUAAAUUAGCUUGACUAUUUAAUUAGAAAGGGUGUCCAAAUACAUUUGAUCAUAUACUGUAGUAUAUCGACCCAUCAACAACAUUCUUUAGUUUUCUUUAUUUUCUUUUGUUUUUGUGUAUUUAAUUGGACACCAUAACUAACUGUAUUAGAUCAUUUUUCAAGAGCUUUAAAUGUUCAGCUGUUUCUCAUUCCAGGGGUCAAGGUGCGAUAUCCUUGUAUGUAAUAUUACUGAAUUAAAUAAACAAUAUCAAUUUUACUUUAUACCCAGAAAGAAACACACAAUAGGGGUUAUUUUAUAAUGUGAGUGUGUGUGUGUGUGUGAGAGGGGAUGCAAUAUUAAUAUUCUUUGUCUUUGUCUGCAUAACACAAGACUAAUCAGACGUUUCAUCACAUCGUUUAACAAUAUUUGAACAUUUUGAUAUGUAAGGUAGUGGAGUUCACUUGCUUUAUUGCAUUUAUAACAUGGACAAACUUGUAAACAAAGUGUGUAAUACAAAAAUAAUCAAAUAAUAA